AUGGAUUGGAUACAUUGUAACAAAUGUUUCAUACAGUUAGAACAAGGAAUUGUUUUACAUUUAACAUCAUGUGGUCAUAUGUUUUGCAACAACUGCUUGGACGAUGGUGCGAAACAAAGUACUUGUUUCGUAUGUCGAGUGCCUUGUUCCACUAUGAAACUAGUUCCCGACAUGAAUUCCGAGGUACAAGACUACUUUACUGAUCCAGAAGAAAUAAUCAGAAAGUCCUGUGAAGUGCUUCAAUUUCAGAGACAGCACAGAAGGCGGUUGUUAUCGUAUUUAUUACAAUCGACAAAAAAGUUCUACAAAGCGCGGACUGAAUUAAAACGUAUGGCGGAAUUAUGUCAGAAGCAACAUAAGCAACUGAAGGAGUAUCAGAAUAUAAUAAAGAGCUUAGAGGCACAGCUAGCGAAUCAAUCAAAGCAAGCAUCGCCAUUCAAUAUUCCCAUCUCGCCGAACUGCAAUCUAUCUCCCAGCUUCAUUCAGAGCACGCCCACGUACAAACGGACUGCAAAGAGCACGCCUUACAGCCAAACGUAUCAGUCGAACCUCGUGACCCCGGCGAGGAUAAGCAAACAUCGCUCCGGCAGUAUCAGUGCUCAAAGCCAGAGAUCUAAUACAUCUAACAAGAUAUCGUCAACAGUGUUCACGCCACCAACACCAGAGUCGGCCGGUGAGAUAAGUAACGAGUCGGGCUAUAAUUCAAGCAGUCCGAUCCAUGUUCCAACCAAGUGCUGUAUACUUCAAGGCCUACACUGGAGGAAGUUUCUUUGA